CUUCCCUCCACUCAUUCGUUUCGCGACGCGUCGUCUCGCCGGCCGGCUUCCGCCUCAUUCGACCGGGCUCAUUCGCAUCGCGUCCGCUUGCCGUAUCGCUCGACAGUUCAUUCCACCACACAUUAAACAUGACGGAAAGCACAGAAACCCCUGCUGCCGCAGCGCCUGAAAAGACCCCAACUGAAAAUGGCACAACUGAAACUCCUCCUGAGGAAACGCCUGAGAAGGCCACGGAGGAGAAAGAGAAGGAGACUCCACCGCCAAAGGAGAUGCGCGCAGUCGUUCUCACUGGCUUCGGUGGUCUGAAAACUGUUAAGAUUUUGAAGAAACCCGAACCUACAGUUGCUGAAGGGGAGGUCCUCAUUCGCGUUAAGGCAUGCGGUUUGAACUUCCAGGAUCUGAUCGUGCGACAGGGUGCUAUUGAUUCACCACCCAAAACACCUUUUAUCCUUGGCUUCGAAUGCGCCGGAGAGAUCGAGCAGAUCGGAGAAGGCGUUACUAACUUUAAGGUCGGAGACCAGGUCGUCGCUUUACCCGAGUAUAAAGCCUGGGCUGAGCUGGUGACUGUACCCGCUCAAUAUGUAUACGCUCUACCCGAGGGUAUGUCUGCAUUGGAUGCGGUGGCAAUUACCACUAACUACGUGGUGGCCUACCUACUGCUCUUCGAGAUGGCCAACCUGACGCCUGACAAAAGCCUCCUCGUUCACUCCGCUGGCGGUGGUGUGGGUCAAGCUGUGGCUCAACUGGCGAAGACGGUGGAAAAUGUAACAGUUUUCGGCGUGUGCUCCAAAAGCAAGCAUGAGGCUUUGAAAGCUAACAAUAACAACAUUGAUCAUCUGCUUGAGAGGGGCAGCGACUACACCAGUGAAGUUAGGAAGAUUUCACCGGACGGUGUCGACAUUGUGUUGGAUUGCCUCUGCGGUGAAGAAUGUAACCGUGGCUACUCUCUCCUUAAACCAAUGGGCCGAUAUAUCCUCUAUGGAUCAUCUAACAUCGUGACCGGCGAAACUAAGAGUUUCUUCAGCGCAGCGCGUGCCUGGUGGCAAGUGGACAAGGUGUCUCCCAUCAAGCUGUUCGACGAGAACAAGAGCCUGGCCGGGCUGAACCUGCGACACCUGCUGUUCCAGCACGGCCGCGCCGACACCGUGCGCCGCGCCGUGCAGCGCGUGUUCGCGCUGUGGACCGACGGGAAGGUCAAGCCGCUGGUGGACUCCACCUGGGCGCUGGAAGACGUCGGUGAGGCGAUGCAGAAGAUGCAUGACCGCAAAAACAUCGGCAAGCUCGUACUUGAUCCGUCAUUGGAGCCGAAGCCCAAGCCCGCUACGCCAGCCAAGGGCAAGGCCGGUAAGGAGAAGAAGCCAGCUAAGGAAAGCUCCGAGGAGAAAAAGGAUAAGGAGCCUAAAGAAGAGGAGAAAAAGACGGAGAAUGGUGACAAGAAUGGUGAGGAGGUCACUAACGGUAGCGACGAAGAAUCCAAGGAGAAGGAGAAGGAGAAGGAAUCUAGCUGAAUUGUUUCGCCAAAGGACAGGACCAGACAAACCACCGCCAAUUGAUUAUUUUAGAGUUGAUGCUGCUCGUUUUGACGGCCGCCUUGUGCUUACACCGGCGUCUCACUGUGUUGCCUCAUGUUUUAUGUUUAAUAAAAUUAUUCAAUAAGUCUGAGUACGGCUCUGUCCGAUCCUCUUUCUUCUUUAUUGUUUUCAUAAAUGUAACAAUCGGUUCGGACAUUCUCGUACAAUUCUUGAUAAGUUUAGUUCAUAUAAUUCUAUCAUCACAUUCUAUUCUUAUAUAUUUUAAAAUAAUAUUAUUUAAAUAGUAAUGAAUUUGUUAUUCGACCAGCGAAUUUUCAAUGAAUUUCGAGUUUAUUCCAAUUUUAAUUUCUAAUCAGGCCUAAGUUAAGAAGUUUUCGGAUUGUCGAGUCUUAUAGUUUAAUGUUUAAGACUUUAUUUUAGGAUGAGAUAUUUUAGUCUGCAGUUAUUUUGAAUGGCUAUUGUAUAUCUAAGGUGCAGAGAUGCUUAAUCUUUAUGUAUGUUAAGCUUUAAUAUUUUAUUAGUAAAUGUUUAAAAUUUGGCCCUGGAGACCCACCCCCGCCCUCGCGCCGCGGGUCGUUCACUCACUCGCCGCUCUUUGGAACUUCAAACGAAUGAAACCUUGCGUGUGAUAUUUUGUACUAGGUAUGCUAGAUAUUUUGCGGUAUUUUAUGCUGCCUAUACAUGACAUUGAUUUUUAUUAUUUGAGUGUAAAAUACAAUCGAAUGUUUUAUAAUUAUAUUUUUAUACUUAGAAGUUUUGUAAAUUAUUUUCUAGUUAAGAAAAGAAACAAAAAUCAAAAGUCACUCAAUUGCACCGGUCAUUGUGUGUUGAACGCGAUAGUCCGUUAGCUCAGACUACAAACACUAAACCGAUACCGACAAGCUUCAUGAAAUAGAAGUGGUUAAGUACUUUUUGGCUGUCGGUGAUUUAUUGUGAAAUCAACGUGAUUACGACACCUAUGAUAUAGUCAUAUUUUUAUAAACCAAAUGUCGACUAUGAGAUCUCUUGUUAAGUAAAAAGCUUUUUAUGUAUCUUUACACACAAAUAUCACAUAUCUAAACAUAAAUACACUUACUUAAACACAAUGUAUAUUAGGAAUAAUGUUUUGAUAACAAUAUUCACAGCAUUUCUUUUCAUAUACCUAGCAUAUAAUUAAAAGUAUUCUUGAUUUUCGUAAAUUUGUAAGUAACGUUUACCGCCAUAUAAUGUACAGUAUGGUUAUAACCUAUAAGUGUAUGUACCCAGUACUAAUAAACUUUUUAUCUGUAUAACAUAUCAAGCGCAUGUAAAAUUUAUAUUCGAAAGGCUGAGGUAGUCCGGAUUUACGGAAUAAAACGAGGCUAUAUAGUUUUCAAUACCUGCAUAUAUACUUACUGCUCAAUAAUACUACCUGCCAGCGUUGACGCAAUGUAUGUUCGAAUCCAAAAGCAAACAGACAAACUCGUAGAUUUUUUUAUAAAUGUUUACCCUUUUCGAACGUUUUUUGCACGAGCAUAAUUUGCGUGAGCGCGUAUUUAGUGUCCGAACUUAGUAUCACUUAAAGUGUUUAGUGCAAAGCGUAGAAACCGUUAGCCGUUGGUUGUGAGUUCGCGAGCACCAGAUCAGGAUCAGACUGCCUCCGACUCGGAUUGAAGCAAAUGAAUAAAUGUUAUAAAGAUAAUCAAAUGGAGCGGCAACGCGCUGCGGCUGCGACAUGUUGCUUUAUCGUACGGUGGCUUGGUGCUAGUUUCGUAUCGUGCGCGGAUAAAUCUCGCUUCAGUGUCUCGGACCAAUAUCUUAAAGCUAUUUAGUCUUCUUACCAGUAAUCGUCGCUUUAUGUGUCAAAUAUGUGCGAAUUCCUUAAUGUUAACAUAUAUUAUUAAAUUCUUGUGUAUAUCGACCUGUAUAAUGGUUUAGAUUUAUCUGAAUUCUCUUCUAUAAGGUUAACUGAUGAAACUCAACAAUGAUAACGUGGCUGGGGUGACCGCGCCGUUUGUGAUUGUGUCCAAAAUUGUUGUAGGUUAGUAUCGAAUUUGAUGCCAAUAUUUAUUGUCGAGAAGAGCGCCAGAAAUGGUGGAACUUGCGCCGUCACGCCAGCUACAGACUGGGUCGUUAACAUAUUACACAUUUAUUUUUGUAAGGGCGGGCCAGUGUGAUAUCUAUACUAUAAAAUGGAUAAAUAAAUAUGUAUGAUCUGUAAAAAUGCUUA